AUGGAACCCCAUCAAAUACGCAACCGCAGACCAUUCUUAGACUCAGAGGGACCACCCGUACCGCCAAAACCAUAUGCUUCGAAUACGCCUUCAACAACGCAUCAUCGUCUCGCAGCUGUGACAUGGGCUCACCAGGAUGCAACAUCCAAGCCACUUCCACCAGUUCCCGGGCGCAGACCAAGUCGCGGGGCUGUAAGAAGAGUAGAAUCGAAGCCUCUGCCAAGGCCUCCGCAGAGCUCGACUCUACAGUCGACAUUUCUGUGGAUCUUAGGAUUUGCGGUUUGGUUUCUGGUAAUUGUGAUCUUGCUACCUGUGAUCACGGAGAAAGAUGCAAUGCCAGGGUUGAACCGGCGGCUUCGGAACUGGGUUGCAUGA